AUGAAGAAGAUGGACCACUUGGACCGCCUUGAGCAGGUAUGUGGUAGCUCCGCGCCUGUCGAGUUGAAAGUGAAGGAGCUCUUUCUCUCCCGUGUCGAUCGGAUCAGGGACGCCGAAGUCUACUGCAUAGGAGUAGCCUUCGAGUCUCCUGGUCUUCGAGCUCUUAAGGACGCCUGGUUGCAAGGAGAGCCGGACGAGCAUGCUCGGCGAAGCCAUGAUCCCUAUCCGACCAGCGAUGGACACGUCUCCCUGGCCUACAUCCAGGCGUCUGCUUGGCAACAGGCCAAGGACUUUGUAGAUGCGAAGAGGACCGGGUUGGAAGGCCGUAGCUUCAUGGUGCAAUCCAUCACCUACGAGGAUGAACGGCGGGAGAAGUCCGAAUUCCGUCUUACUGGUGAAGAAGGUCCACCUGCAAGUGUGCCGUCCCGCGGCGGCAGGACUGCGGGAGCUACAACAUCGCUUUUUGAGGUUGACGGCUCGGUGCUGGAGGGCGGAGGACAAAUCCUGCGGAAUUCGCUGGGCUACGCAGCCAUCCUGGGGUAUCCGGUGCGCAUCACCAAGAUUCGAGCUGGCCGAAAGACGCCGGGGCUCGCAGCCCAACAUUUGGAAUCCUUCAAACUAGUGCGGGACUUGACUUCCGCGUCUUUGCAGGGUGACAAGGUCGGCUCCUGCGAAGUGACCUUUGAGCCCAAGAAGACGAAGCAGGGAAGCUUCUCUACCAACCCGAAGACUGCUGGUGCCAUUACCUUGACGGUACAGGCGGCCCUCAUGCCACUGGCCUUUGCUGGCGGAACCUCCGAGGUGGAGAUGCGAGGAGGAACCGAUGUUGACUUCUCCCCGCCUUUCGACUUCAUGCAGAGGGCGCUGGUCCCUACCGUUGGUCGUAUGGGAGUUAAAGUCACGGCCGCUUGCCUUCAUCGUGGUUUCUUUCCAACCGGAGGUGGCCUGGUGAACCUAUACGUUGAUGGUUUGGCAGGCUCCUUGAAGCCCAUCGUGAUAGACAAGCGUGGUCAUGUCACGAAGAUUGAGGCCGUCUGCUACGCAACGCCGCCCAGCGGUUGGUUGGACGAGGAGGAUGUGGCCAGGACGGAGGAGGAUUUCGAGCCAUGGCUACUGGAGGAGCUGGCUGACAAAGGUGCUCCCAAGCCCAAGGUGCAGGUGCGCUGUGAGGCCGAGCAGAUGCCGGAGGGCCAGAAGGUGUUCAAGGCAGCCUGUGACAUUCUGGUGGAGAUGUCUGGAGGAGGUGUUUUCCAUGCUUCCGGUGGGCCGCUUGACGGGCCGAAGGGCCGCGGAUCCCUCUACGACGUGUGGGGAGCCGCAGCAGAGAAAGCGUUGGUGCCGCUCAAGGCGCAGCUCAAAACUGGGGCAGCCCUGGAUGAACAUCUGCUGGACCAAUUGAUUCUUCCGGCAAGCCUGGCAGCAGGAAGCUCACGAUUACUCGGCUCCAAGGAGCUGACUCUGCAUGCACAGACUGCGCUGCACAUUGCGAAGGAAAUGGUGCCUGGUGUGGAUGUGAAGGUAACUUCUCAAGGCGGUCUCCAGCUCGUGGAGAUCAAGGGCAUUGGCCGCAAAGCCGGCGAUGCGCCCUUGUCGCCGCCGGGCGGCUCAUCUGGUUCUUCGACGCUCCGUGCUGCUCUUCCGCCCGGCACGCUGAGCAACGCGCCGGAGCAGCUGCGAAGCGACCUUCGUGGGGACCUGGGCCAGUUCUCUGCCAUGCAAGGCGUUCGCGCCGAGGCAGAGGUCGGUGGCGACUGCAUCAGCAUCCAGGGUUGUGAAGGCCCUGACCACGCCUUGCGACUGCGCAAGGAGCUGGAGGCCAUUUGUGGCUACUAUGGUUUUCCAGCUCCUCGGUGGGGUUGA